UUCAGAAGGAGAACAGCGGUUUUAAUUGGAGGAAGUAAUACAUCAACAAAGAAAGAUGGCUGAAAUGGUAGACUUGCAAAAGCUGAAGCUUGCAGAACUGAGGCAGGAGUGUGAGGCCCGAGGUCUUGAGACCAAGGGAAACAAAGCAGAACUCGUUGCUCGCCUGCACGCUUAUCUGGAGGAGCCUGAGGAAGAUGUGGACGUUGAUGAUGUACUGGCAGAGGAUACAGAAGACUUUACCAAAGUUGAGAGUGUUGACAUCAUAAAAGAUACCCAGAUUCCUGAAUCUCCCGAGUGUGAGACGCCUACUGAAAAGAAGGUGGUGAAAAUAAGUCCUCCGUCGUCUGCCAGUGAAAGACUACAGAAGAGAGCUGAACGUUUCAACUUGCCUGCUUCAGCAGAAAGCAAGAAAGCCAUUCGUGCCGCACGGUUUGGUUUGCCUACUGCCUCCAGCCCCUCAGCAGGUCUCGUUGCAAACAGUAAAACUGCUGUGAACAUGGACAAGCUGAAGCAGAGAGCAGAAAGAUUUGGCAUGAAUGUCUCGUCCAUUUCACAAAAGAUUGAGGAGGAUGAGAAGCUGAAGAAGAGGAAGGAGAGGUUCGGGAUCUUGAUGGGUGCAGCUUCAGCUGGUGCAGACGACGUGGAGGCAAAGAAAAUGAAACGUGCUGAAAGAUUUGGGAAUGUGUAAAUACCGUUUUAGUUUUUUUCUUUUUGUAAAGUGUUUUUUUAUGGCUUCAGAGAUUUCUGAAGAU